AUGUCUCAAUAUCCAGACUUCGAGUCGUUGCCGACGGUCGACGGGCAGCCUCAAGGCAACACGUGGGGGCUGUGGGGAAAAGACGACGAGUUGGGCACGCUGAACUAUCUGACACACGACGUAAUUCGCAACGCUGCCCGUGAAAUCAAAGCUGGGAUAUCGAUCCAGUUAGAUUUUCGCCUGGACUAUCUCAAUCACCGGCCUGCCAGACGUGAAGGGUUUGAGCAUCGAAUCAAGGACUUCAAGGCGGAGAACAAAGGCACAGGCUUGGCCAUUUGUGCUCACGAUGAUGUGUUGACUUUCAAUACACAAGGUAGCUCCCAAUGGGACGGCUUGCGACAUGUCGGACUUCAGCAUUCCGGCACCUACUAUAAUGGCGUGAAGCACCAGGACAUUACCGGGAUGAAACACGAUGGCAGGCUUGGAAUUCACCGAUGGGUAGAAAGAGGUGGCAUCGUUGGCCGUGGUGUUCUCCUGGACUACCAUGGCUGGAGACAGCAAACGGGCCAACCCACAGUCGCUGCAAAUUCGGCCUUUGCAAUCACCACGGAAGAACUUGAUGCAGUGGCGAAGCACCAGGGCACAGAGUUUCAUGCAGGAGAUAUCCUGAUUAUCCGCUCAGGGUUUUCGGUAUGGUACCAGCAAGCUAGUAAAGAAGAGCAGAUCGAGUCCAUAGACAGAGGCGCUUUUAUAGGCUUGGAGUCGUCUAUGGAAGUAGCUAAAUGGUUGUGGAAUCACCAUUUUGCUGCCGUGGCAGGUGAUACCGUGGGGUUUGAAUGCCACCCUGUCAACUUUGGUGACAAAGACGCAGUCAUACUACAUGAAUGGCUGCUUGCUCAUUGGGGAACGCCAAUUGGUGAAUUAUGGGAUCUUGAAAAGCUGGCAAAGGUUUGUCGAGAGAAGACGCAGUGGUCGUUUUUUCUCACCAGCGCGCCUCUUCAUGUAUUCGGUGGUGUUGGCACUACUCCAAAUGUGAUAGCAAUUUUGUAG